AUGCCGCCGGAGGACGCGGAUGUGCUGCACGGCAAGGGGCCCGCGAUGGGGGCCGUGCUGGCCGGGGCGGAGCCGCGCAACACGCUGUUCACGGGCAGCCAGAGGGUCGCCGAGAAGCUGGCCCUAGACCUGCGCGGCAAGGUGUUCCUGGAGGAUGCCGGCUUUGACUGGAAGGUGCUGGGCCCCGACGUGGCGGACGUCGACUACGUGGCCUGGCAGUGCGACCAGGACGCGUACGCCUGCAGCGGCCAGAAGUGCAGCGCGCAGUCGAUGCUCUUCGCGCACAACAAUUGGGUCAAGGCCGGGCUGCUGGAGAAGCUCAAGUCCCGCGCCGCCAGCCGCCAGCUGUCAGACCUGACCAUCGGCCCCGUGCUGACCUGGACGACCGACGCCAUCCUCGGACACACGAAGCGGCUGCUCGAGAUCCCGGGCGCGAAGCUGCUGUGGGGCGGCAGGCCGCUGACGGGGCACACGAUCCCACAGUGCUACGGCGCGGUGGAGCCGACGGCGGUGAGCGUGCCGCUGGCGGCGCUGGCGGACGCGGGCGCGUUUGAGGCGGCGACGACGGAAGUGUUUGGGCCUUUCCAGGUCGUCGUGGAGUAUGAAGAUUCCGAGCUGCAGCUGGUGCUUGACGCCCUGGAGCGCAUGUCGCACCACCUCACAGCCGCGAUAGUGUCGAACGACCCAAAGUUCCUGCAGCACGUGCUGGCCCACACCGUCAACGGCACCACCUACGCCGGCCUGCGCGCCCGCACCACCGGCGCCCCCCAGAACCACUGGUUCGGCCCCGCGGGCGACCCGCGCGGCGCGGGCAUCGGCACGCCCGAGGCGAUCCGGCUGGUGUGGUCGUGCCACCGCGAGGUGAUCUACGACUACGGGCCCGCCCCCGACGGCGCCAAGCUCAAGACCACGUGA